GGUUCAAAUGGGCGAUGUUGAUCAUGACAGCAGGGUUGGUGAAUUUCCUGGAAAGAACACUGUGUGUUGUGGAGGAAGAGUGGUCACGGGGCGAGAAUGGCCCUUUGUGGUUGGGGGACUGAUAUUCGUGUCUAUUCUAGUGGGAAUGUUCGCAGUUGCAGAAGCGCCGUUUCUAAUCGAACACUUCUCGAUUGUCGUAGUCGUGAUACCAAUUGUGCUUCUUUUGUAUGGACUGCUCAACUUCCUCUGUACUCUCUUGAAGGAUCCGGGUAUUAUCCCGCGCUCUACACAAAGCGAAGCGUGCUAUUUGGAGAGGGAUCUAGUAGAAAAGACGGUAGCUGUCAAUAGCAAGAGGAAAGGAAAGGAAUAUGAGCCGACUGUGGUGGUGAUUGGAGGCGUGGAUGUUGAGAUUAAGUGGUGCUCCACGUGCAGACUGUGGAGACCCCCGAGGGCAUCCCAUUGCCGCAUAUGUGACAACUGCAUUGAGAUGUUUGAUCACCAUUGCGCGUACAUGGGCAAUUGCAUUGGAAGGAGAAAUUACCGCUUCUUCUACAUGUAUCUACUCUCUAUGUCAAUACUAUUAGUCUACGACCUCGUCUUCUCAUUGUACCAUCUCGUUCAUAGUCUCAUCACCAAAGAUAAACUCGUAAACACGGAAGCAGUUCUGACGGCAAUAAAUUGUCUAAUCUUGGGAAUGACAAGUAUGGGAGUCCUGGUUUUUCUGUCCAUGCAUGUUUACUUAGUGGCCUAUGGGUUGACGGCUUCUGAGGAGUCAAAGGGAGUCUGGACUCCUGGCAGUGGAACCCAGUCCAACCACAGUCCCUUCACUUCGAAGAGGGGUUGUGCUGUGAAUACUGUUCAGAGUAUAUGUGGGCCGCAGUACCCAAGGUGUGUUCGUGUUGAAAAACGAUGCAUUGCAGAAAGAUCACUCUGGGUCGAUUUGUCGAAUUCAGAUGAGAAAGUGGGACACCAAAGCCACAGUGAAAGUAGCAGAAGCUUCACGUCAAAUUCAGUUCAUCCUAUUCAAAUAGUCAUUUGAGUUUCGUUUCUGUUCCUGUUUAGAACCAACUAAAGCCUGCAUAGUCAUAUCGCAUUGGCGCAAGCAUCUUAUCAAGUUUUACUUUUUGUUAAUAGUGUAAAUAUUGUAAAAUUAUCCAUAAGUUAUAAUUUUGUAAUGUUUAAUUUGGAUUUGGACGAAAAUUGAAUCCGCUGUAAUUGCAUCUAAUUAGCACUUGAUUCGUUGGUUGAUAAAAGUUGACGUCUUAUAGAUAAAUAUUAGUCAUCGGUUAAUGAGGCUAGAAAUAGACAUCUGUACACCAAGAACAUUGCCGCAAAUUCGCUCUCACCAUUUUCCGUAUUAGCUGUUUUCCUACCAACACGCAUCAUUUUAAAGAAAAAUUUGAGCGUAACAUAUUUCCAGGAUAAAAUUUCCAAACUAUCAUUU